AUGGCUGAGUCACUUGCGGGACAAGAUAUCGCGGAUUCUGAUGUCCUCAAGACUUUUGUACUGCAGGCCUUAACAAACGCGUCUGAGAAUUCAAACCCUUAUUAUACUGCUGCGCUCCACAUUCACAACCUGAUGGAUCAGCGGGCUCCACUGACUGCUGUCUCUAUCGUCGACGCGACCGGGCCCCUUCCGCCCUGGGUAGUUGCUCUACCUAGUAUUUUCCUCAUCUUAUUCGGUGCUGAUAGCAGAUUCCUGAUCCUUUCAAUCGAGUGGCUCCCAUGCUUUCUAGCAGGAUGGGUGUUUUUAUGGGGACUCGGAUCGGGUGUUUUUGAAGCGGCGUACGGGUUAGGCCUCCCCUUGGUUGUUCACAAAGCCUCAGCUUGGGGCUUCAACUUUGUAGCGUUGAUGUUACCUUUAAUCAUGUCAAUCUCUCAAAUGGUGACGUUUAUCAUAGCCCAAAAAAACCUGGUGGAAGCAAUCAAUGUGGGGAAUUCCGUCCAAGCAGAGCUCGAAAAGGGGGCCCGAUAUUUUGACCCGAAAAAUUUCAAUGCAACUGCUGAUAUCCUACCCAAGUUAAUUCCUAUCCGAAACAUGAUUCCCCAUGAGAUCAAAUUGGCGAACUAUCUUAUAACUGGCCAAAUGAUGUGGAUAGUUUGGGCCGUCGUGCUACUUGUUCUAACUGUUCCCUUAGUGACCCUCCACUUGAAAACCUUGAAGGACACGAUCCAAAAAAUAGCCAGUGAAUGUGAAAUAGAUUUGGAUCCAAGUUCUCUCACGAUAUUUGAGCUUCAAGCCACGCAGGACAAACCUUUUUCUGGACCAAGCCUGUCAACUGUUUCAGCAAAACAACAGAAAUCUGCUGAUCUACUACACCGCUUUCGAAAAGAACGAAGGGCGAACAAGAUUUCCUUGGCUAUCUUUUUGUCUUAUCUUUCGGUUUACUUGAUACUCUGUAUUGCAAACAAAGCAACUAGUAGUAUGAACCAAUCCGACCAUGGAGCUAAAUCAGCUAUAGGACUCUUGAUUGCCGGGAAAGCGACUGCUGCCAUACUGGGACUACUGAUCACUGUGCAGUUCUAUCGAAAGAUCCGGUCUGGCUCCCAGGAAGCGUUGGCUCGAGGUACUGGUAGUGCCUUUGGGGCUGGGAUGCAAUUCCAUAAGGAGGUAGCAAUGAUCAUUGAAGAUGCGGCCUUGCGCAGAGUGGGUGAGACAAAUCAAUCGAAUUAUGUGAAGUAUGAGGAAUGGUAA